AUGCGUUUCUCAACUCUUCUUUCAGCGGCCUCGCUGAUGAUCGGAGCCUCAGCUCUCUCUGAGGAGUACAAGGAUGCCGACACCGGAAUUACCUUCCAGCAAUGGUCCGAUAAGAGCAGCAAGUUCACCUUCGGUAUGGCUCUGCCCAAGAACCCCAAGUCCGACUUCAUUGGUCAGAUCAUCGCUCCCAUCUCAGAGGGAUAUGCCUCCGUCGCCAUGGGCUCUCUCAUGAAGGGCAAGCUGCUCGUUGUUGCCCAGCCCUCCGAUGGAAAGAUUGUCACAUCCGUUCGUCAGGCCUCUGGAUACGUCAACCCCGACGUUUUGGAUGACGACACUGUCAAGAUCAAGCCUAUCGAGAAGGGUGUCAAGGUCGGCACCGACUCUUUUACCUUCACCUUCCUCUGCGAGGGUUGCAUCAAGGACGACGGCACCACCUGGAAGGUCUCUGAUGCCAGUGCUGUUAUGGGUUUCGCUAUCAGCACUACUGCCCUUGAUGAUCCUAGUGAUGCUGCUGGUGCCCUCAACUACCACGGCGCUGGCUUCGGUGGCUUCUCUAUCGACAGCACUGCUGCUCAGUCCGCUGACUACGAGACCUGGGCAGCUAUGGCUUCUGACGCUAUUGCCUCUCCCGGCUCUGGCUCUGGUUCUGGUCCUGCUACUGGUAACUUCACCACUGUCAUCUCCAACAUGACCUACGACUACAUCGUCGUCGGCGCUGGUGCCUCAGGCCUUAUCGUCGCCGAACGUCUCGUUGAGGCUAAGAAGUCUGUUCUUCUUCUUGAGCAGGGCAAGGCCUCUUAUUUCUCUUCCGGGGGAAAGGCUACAAUGAGCUGGAAUUCCAGCACGACUCAAUACGAUGUUCCUUCUAUGGCGUACCACCUCACCACAGCCAAGGAAACCGACGAAUACUGCACCGAUAACGCAGGCAUGAGUGGUUGCUUACUUGGCGGAGGAACUGCUGUCAACGCUAUGAUGUUCGUUCGUCCUCAAGCCGUCGAUUUUGAUGACAAGUGGCCCGCAGGGUGGAAGCACAGUGAUGUUGAGGCCGCCGCCGCCCGCCUUUACGAGCGCACCCCCGGCACCCUCACCCCCACCAAGGACCAGAAGUACGUCGACCAAGGUGCCUACGAUGUUCUCAGCAAGUUCUUCUCCGGUGCCGGCUUCAGCCAGGUUGAUGCUAUUGCCCAGCCCGACAAGAAGAAGUCCGUUUUCACCCACCCUCCUAUGAUGAUCACCGACGGCCAGCGUGCUGGUCCCGUCCGCGACUACCUUCCUCUCGCCCAGGCCCAGUCCAACUUCAAGCUUAUGCUUCAGACCAAGGUCAUGCGCGUUGUUCGUGAGGGUAAGGAUAUCACUGGUGUCGAGAUCCAGUCUGGUCCUGCUACCCGUCAAAUCAUCAAGGUCAAGUCCGGCGGUGGUGUCAUCCUCGCUGCUGGUACUCUCGCUACUCCCCGUCUUCUCGUCAACUCUGGUAUCGGCCCUGCUAAGCAGAUCGAGACUGUUGCCAGCGGUAGCCAGCGCCUGACCAUGCCCCCUAAGGAUCAGUGGAUCGAGCUUCCCGUUGGUGAGAACCUCAAGGAUCACCCCAUCUUCACCGUCAAGGUUAAGACUAAGAUGGCCAUGCCUGCUCUCCCCGACACUGCCGUCACUGAGCCCAGCCAGGAGGACAUCGACCUCUACGCUCAAGGUAACGGUCUCCUCUCCCAGUCCGGCCAACGCUUCAUCUUCUGGGACAGCGUCAUGGGCGACGAUGGUGUCGAGCGAUACGUCCAGGGUACCUGCGCUCCCGCUGGCGAUGACACCCUCAAGCUCAAGGUCUACCUUACCCAUGGUGCUACUUCCAGCGGUUCUCUCGAGGUUACCAGUUCCGGUGCUACCAAGAUGAUUGGUGAGCCUUACCUCAAGGACGCCGCUGACAAGAAGGCUGUCAAGACCUUCAUGCAGAAGCUCAUCGACAUGACCUCCAAGUCCAACAGCACCAUCAGCAUGCCUAGCAACGUCACCGCUGAGAGCCUCAUGACUGAGUACGUCAGCGGUUCUCACUUCGUCGGAACUGCUAUCAUGGGUACCGACAAGUCCUCCAGUGUCGUCGACACCGACACCAAGGUCUGGGGUACUGAGAACCUCUAUGUCGUUGACGGCUCCAUUCACCCCGAUCUUCCCACUGGUAACACUCAGGCUAUCAUCAUGGUUGCUGCUGAGCACGCUGCCUCCAAGAUCCUUGGUGGAAGCGACUCCAGCCCUGUCACUACUCCCACCGACGGUAGCGACAACAACACCGGCAAUGGUGGCAACACCACUACUCCUCCUUCCACCACUCCCCUGCCUUCCAACGGUGGUGACAACGGAAACAAUGGAGGUGACAACACCCCUACUGUCCCUCCUACCUACGGCGGAAACGACGGAUCCUACAACCCUCCUAGCAACGGCAAUGGCCCUGCUUUCCCUUUCCCCGGUGGUAACAACGGUGGCUCUGGCUCUGGCUCUGGCUCUGCCCCCAUCCAGAACCCUCCCAAGAAGUCCAAGUGCAGACGUUCUCUGCGCGCGCGCCAGCGCCGUCACCAGCGUCACGCUUAA